AUUAAGUUUGGAACUUUGUCUGACUAUUUCAAUGCAAUCUACAAGAAGCAUAAAAUUGCACCUGGGGAUCCUCCCCACAUACCUUCACUGUCAGGUGAUUUCUUCACCUAUGCUGAUCGAGAUGACCACUACUGGAGUGGCUACUAUACCUCGCGCCCCUUCCAGAAGGUUCUUGACCGAGAGAUGGAACACCAGCUGCGGAGCGCUGAGAUCCUUUUCUUUCUGGUCAGUCGGUAUCUUAAGAUACAUGAUGGCAUCAAAUUCCCUCUCAUAGAGUUCAUGCAGAGUCUGGUUAAUGCUCGACGGAACAUUGCACUGUUUCAGCACCAUGAUGGUAUUACGGGGACUUCCAAGGACGUCGUAGUUGACGACUAUAUUGACAGGUUGCUGACUGCUAUGAUGGAGAUGAAGAGACUGACAACAGAAUCCAUCACAUUUUUAAUGAUGAAGGAGAAAAGCAAAUACAGCUACUCCAAAGAAAAACCUAUGUUUAAUGUUGAUGAAAAAAAGGAGAAGCAUUUUUCUAUACCAGAACGUUCUGUUUUGAAAAUAAGUGAUACUCCUCAGUCUGUUAUAUUUUACAACUCAUUGGCGCAUAAGCGAGAUACUGUGGUGAGUGUCUAUGUUGACUCCCCAUUUGUUAUUGUCAGAGAUCCUAGGGGAAAGAUCAUUCCUUCACAGAUUGACUUGUUCUGGACUGACCGGGAUUCUGUCUCCACAGACGUCUACAAGGUGUCAUUUGUGAUGGCCAUCCAAGCAUUGGGCAUUUGCCAAUACACAAUCGAGAAAACACACAAACUGUCCACAAAAAAAGCUGUGCCAUCGGAGAUAACAUUUUACAACUCAAACAUGAACAUGGAACAUUCCAGUUCAGUGUUCACAAUAAAGAAGUCCCCAUCAAAGCCGUUCAGUCUUGAGAACUAUUACAUGAAGGCUGGCUUCAGCCAGGCAACAGGGCUGUUACAAAACAUCACAUUUAAAGCAGAGGGUAUUACACACCCAGUCAGCAUCAAAUUUGUAACAUAUGGCACUCGAAAAUCUUCUGAAAAGAGUGGUGCUUAUCUAUUCCUGCCAGAUGGUGAAGGUCGAGAAGUAACAAUUGUCGACCCAUUCAUUCGUGUCAUUCAAGGCACUGUUGUAUCUGAAGUGAGUGUCUUUGUGGAAAAUGUAGAGCAUGUUGUGAGGUUAUAUAAUUCACCAGGUGCAGACAGUUUGUCACUGGACAUCUACAAUAUAGUGGACAUUAGAGACAAGCUGAACUUUGAGAUGGCCAUGAGGGUGUGUAGUGAUAUUAAGAGUGAGGACAACUCUUUCCACACUGACCUAAAUGGUUUCCAGAUGCACCGGCGUAAAACAUACAGCAAGUUGCCUUUGCAGGCCAACUACUAUCCCAUGCCAACUGCUAUGUUUGUGGAGAAUUCCCAGAAACGAUUAAACAUCUUGUCUGGUCAGUCACUUGGAGCUGCCUAUCUGAAGCCUGGUGAGAUGGAAGUGAUGUUGGACCGUCGCCUCAACCAAGAUGAUAGCCGAGGUCUGGGCCAGGGUGUGCUUGAUAACAAACAGACCCCUAACAAAUUCCGGCUUCUUCUAGAAAUAAGAAAGAUUUCCCCUCUUCUUGAAAUGAAGAACCAAGUAAAACCUCUCUCAUUGCUGGCCCAUCUCACUUCAUUGCACCUCAUCCACCCACUGUAUGUGUCACCAAGGAAUCCCGACAGUAGUAAUAUUGAUCUUCAGCUGUUACCUUCCUUCUCUUCUACCCUUGAUGGCAGUAGCAGUGGUCUGACAUGUGAUGUGCAUCUGUUGAACCUACGCACUUUGCAGAACAAGGAUGAUGACCCCAGCCUAAAAUUUGUGCCACAGAACAGUGCUGCACUCAUCUUGCACCGCUUCUCAUUUGACUGUGAUUUCCCCAACCUGGGACUCAGUUGCACAAUUGGAAAUGGAAAGGUGGACUUGAACUCUUUAUUCAAAGAUAUAAAACUGAAGGACAUUCGCAGCACAUCUCUGUCUUUGCUGUAUGAGAGUAACUCCUCUCUCUCUCAGUCUCACCUCUUCAUCAAACCAAAUGACAUAAGUGCCUUCAAGAUCACACCAUAUUAAGCUGAUCAAUCGAUUCACUGCACUGACACACUGAUUCUCUGGCCAAAGGAAUUGAUCCACUUACUGAAUGGAAUCAACAACAGAACUGUUAUUCUGGAAUGACCAUGUGGUUGCUCAUCUUACUAGAAAUAACAGUGAAAUUCCCUGUUUCUCCUGUAAAUAUUACACUGUACCAUCCGUAAACUAAAAGAUAAAAACAAUAUGCCUAGAAUUUUAAAAAAUGGGAUGGUCAUGACUGGAAUACCUUUGAAUAGGUUGGACCUUAGGGUUUAAGCAAUAACUAGAAUGACUGACUGUCUGACCAACUGACCAUCAUUGUUGAAGUAGUUUAAAUAAUGGUGGCAGUAGUGGUGGAGGUUUAGACUGCUACUGGCUCUGCAACCACCACCACCACUAUGACCACAACCACUGCUGUCACUGUGUCCAUCCCUCCCAGUGCCACCUGGUGACAAGAGAGCCUCUAUGUGAUCACCCGACAUGCUAGAAAUAGCAGCAAAAAAGUGAAAGACAAAUUGGAUAAUGCAGUCCACAGGACAUAGUGCCUAGAAAAUGAAUAAAUGGGAUGGUUGUAGCCGGAAACUAAUGAAUGGGAUGGUUAUAGCCUUUAAUCCUGAAUAGAUAUGCUCAAUCAAAGCUGACAUUGGGCUAAAGCCAUUACAGCAACAACAACAACUAAAACUACUACUACUAACUAUCAUUGUUGAUGGUCGUGGUUGGGAAGGUGAGAAUAAUGUUGUUGAUUGUGAUGGUAACUGAUGAUGACAGUAUUAAGGAUAAAAGAUGGUGAUGAUGGGGAUAGAGUAUUAAGGAUGCUGGAUGGUAGUGAUGAUGAUGUUUCUGAUGACAACAGUUGAUGGUACAGUACGGAUGAAAGAUGUACAACUAUGCUUGCUCAUACAGGUGAUGAUGAUGAUGAUGAUGAUGAGAAUAAGGGAUUACUGAUGUUAACAAUGAUGGUGGUAAUGAUGACUGGCUGAGAUGGUGAUGGUGGAGCCUGUUACUCCCUCCCUUUCUCCAUGCAUUUGUUUCCUUCAUCUUGCUCCACACCUCCAUCACCAUCCAUCCACUCAAUCACCCAACCACAAACUGAGAACACUUCACCUGUCCCUUUCAAUUGGUCACCACCACCACCACCUUUCAACACUAUAUAAGUCAACGGGAGUGGGAGGGGGACAUACUUCCCCAACGCUACAUUUUGGCUUGUUAGAAAUAGAAGUCAAAUUGCCCUUGAAUCACAACUUGUCUUAAAAAAAGUGACCACCACUACCACUACGAGACAAAACAAUGUAUGUCUUUAGAUAUUACGCUCUAUUGCUUGAAAUAGCAGCCAAAUUUCCCUUAAAUCACAAUCCUAGUUUUAAAAAAGAGACUUCAACUUUGAAUCAUAGCCUGCCAGGACCAUUAAAUAAGUCAUAUUUCACUUAGAUUUAAAAAACAAAUGAAGACAAUUGUGUUACUGUUAUUUAUUGCUGCUGCUGCUGUUGAGUAUGUGAUGAUUGUGAAGAUCAAAGUUUGAGAUUCUAUGGUGGUGGUGGUGGUGGUGGUGGUAGCUAAAAGAGAAUUUUCUUUGAUUGUCACAAAUGUUUACUUGUUUUUUUUUUAAACCAUAUAUUUGAAUUUGAAUAUUUUCAUGUGUAUGUAUCUGUGCAUGUAAUCAGAGGUGUAUAUGAUGCCACAUGCUUUAUACUGGUAGUAUUUAAUGCAGUUUUAUAUGAUUGGUAAUAAAAUAAAAAAAUU